AUGGGAAACGGCGGUGUGUGCACGAAGCCAACAGACUUCGAUCUACUUCUGCCAUUUUGCAAGGCUGUGAUACCGUAUCCAGCGUGUCUUCCUCGAUAUCAAAGUAUCUGGUACAAUCACUCAGCACUCUCUAAAGAUCGCUUCGUAGAGCAACUAUUUCAUAAGAUCGUCAAUCAGCGCAAGAUUGACGAGACAAAUGUUACGAUGGCGGACUACAACACCGACGAAUGGGGCGGACCCCGCACUAUAACGCCACGCUUCACCGGAAACUCGGAUUGCGAAAACUCCCUUCGUAACUAUUUUUGCUGGCUUAACUUUCCUCGAUGUGACACGGAAGGCCGGAGUUUGCUUCUUUGUCGAAGUGUAUGUGAAAAUUUUAUGACAUCCUGUCAAUACUCAAAGGAUCUAUGGCGAUGUGGCGAUCCUGAGUAUAUCAACGGUCGUUCGGCCGAAAUUAGUACAGAGUGGGUUGAUCAAAAGCAAGUAUACUAUCGAGCGCCAUAUCCAGGCUCACCAUUCAAAGACAACGCCUUCGAUCCAAAUACCGACAAGCCUCUUAUUGUGUGCACGCCGAGUCUCGAAAACUCUGCACAAAGUGAUUGUCUUUUCGUUUCGCGAGUCGCUAUAUUAAUUACUUCUGUUGCUAUUCAACUUUUUUACGUGAAUCACUGUAUUUCGCAAGAAUCACCAAAAUCUUCUUCCCCAGCUUUUACACCACUGCUUACAUCAAUUUUUUCAAAUCCAGACUUUUCGGCAGCUAUAUUUACAGUGGUCUCAUGA